AUGUCGAACGAAUUGCCGUUACCUACACCCACCCAAAAUGUGGUGAUUGAUACAUCAAAGCUGACCGAGUCAUCAUCGGCAUCAGUCUGGGAUCGCAUCACCAACUGGGUCUCAGACAACAAGGCCGUUGUCUACACCAUUGCCGGUGUCGCCGUUGUUGUGACCGGCGCGGGUGUCGUCUACUACCUGAACGAUUCCAGCAAAUCCACCCCCUCAGCACCCAAGAAGAGCAAGAAAGAGCGACGGAAGGAAAAGAAGAAGGCCGAGGAGGAAAAGGCUGCAUCAGCGAAGGAUGAGUCCCCCAAAAAGGCUGAGGAGCAGCCCACUGAUGAGCUCCCCGAAGUGGAUGAGGCAACUAUCGGAGAGCUGUCCGAAGAGACCCGCAACGCCUACGCAGCCAAGUUGAAGGCUGCUGGUAACAAGGCCUACGGAAUCAAGGACUACCCCAGCGCAAUUGAGUUGUACGGCAAGGCCAUUCUCUGCAAGCCCGAUCCUGUAUUCUACUCCAACCGCGCCGCCUGCUACAAUGUCCAAUCCAACUGGGAGAAGGUCGUCGAGGAUACCAGCGCCGCUCUCGCCAUGGACAGCGAAUACGUCAAGGCCCUUAACCGAAGGGCCAUUGCCUACGAGCACCUCGAAAAGUACAGCGAGGCUCUUCUCGACUUCACAGCCAGCUGUAUCAUUGAUGCCUUCUCCAACGACGUGAGCCGCAACUCGCUCGAACGGCUACUGAAGAAGGUUGCCGAGAAGAAGAGCCAGGCUAUUUUGGAGGCGCGCACCAAGAAGUUGCCUAGUGCCACUUUUGUCUCCAACUACCUCCAGAGCUUCCGUCCCCAGGCUCUGCCAGAGGGAUUGGAGGAGUCGGUUGAGCUGAGCGAUGAGUCCGGCUUGGGUCAGCUGCGUAAGGGUCUCAUCGCUAUGGGCAAGAAGACUGCCGAUGGCUACGAAGAGGCUGCCGCCGCUUUCGAAAAGGCACUUGAGCUCGGCGAGCUCGGCGAAUUUGAAGGAUUGGCCCUCAACAUGCGUGCCACCUUCACCUACCUCGGCGGUAACGCCACUGGUGCUUUGGUCGACCUGGACAAGAGUGUUGAGCUUUCACCUUCCCUGGUUCAAAGCUACAUCAAGCGCGCCAGCUUGCACCUGGAGCUUGGUAACAAGGAUGCCGCGGCCGACGACUUCGAGCUUGCCAUUACUCACAACAAGGACGACCCUGAUAUCUACUACCACCGCGCCCAGCUGCACUUCAUCCUGACUGAGCUUGCCGAGGCCGCCAAGGACUACCAGAAGUCGAUCGACCUCGACCGGUCGUUCAUUUACUCCCACAUCCAACUUGGUGUGACACAAUACAAGAUGGGCUCCGUCGCCUCAGCGAUGGCCACUUUCCGCCGCACAGUAAAGAACUUUGAGGAAGUCCCCGAUGUAUACAACUACUACGGCGAGCUUCUGCUUGACCAGCAGAAUUACUCCGAGGCUAUUGAGAAGUUUGACAAGGCCGUCGAGAUGGAGAAGCAGAGCAAGCCCAUGGGCAUCAACGUCCUGCCCCUGAUCAACAAGGCUCUUGCUUUGUUCCAGUGGAAGCACGACUUCCAGGAGGCUGAGAACCUCUGCCAGAAGGCUCUUAUCAUUGAUCCCGAGUGCGAUAUUGCCGUCGGAACCAUGGCCCAGCUUCUUCUCCAGCAGGGCAAGGUCUCUCAGGCUCUCAAGUACUUCGAGCGCGCUGCUGAGCUGGCUCGCACCGAGGCUGAGAUCAUCAACGCCAUCUCCUAUGCUGAGGCCACCCGCACCCAGUUGGAGGUUCAGGAGAAGUACCCCCAGCUGGCUGCCCGCCUGAACACCAUGGGUGCCAUGAACGGUGGUGCUCCUGGCAUGUAA